AAUUUUGCAAAAUCAUUUUAAAUUAUUCUUUUAUAUAUAAUGAGCACACUACAUGAAUAUUUCCUGAAAAUCUAUACUAUUUUUAAUAGAAAUCAAAUUUAAAGUUUGAAUUUUUAGAACCGCGCCAAAAACGCUAUUCCUGUGAUGGCGCCGGCAGAUGACGUCUGUGACGUCACACACCAGUAAACACGAUCACGAGCUGUCAGCCGAAGUUAAUUUCAUUUUUGUGCUUGAUUUUGCUAUAAAAUCAUAGAUAAAAUGGUCUAUAAAUGGUGUGUAGUGCCAAAAUGUACGAAUACGUGUAUAAAUAGUCCACAAACAUUGUUUGUUUCUGUUCCAACUGAUUGUAAAAGACGAAAAAAGUGGUUACUAUUAGCUCGGAGAGACCCAAAGGGCAUUUCAUCGACUUCAAAUGUAUUUAUGUGUGAAGAUCACUUCGAUAUGGAAAAAGAAACCAUUAACUACAUGCAGUACAAAAUGGGUUUCAGCAAGAAGAUACUUUUGACAGAAGAUGCUGUGCCAACAAAAUUUCAUUGUCAAGAAGAUCGUAAAAGACCACUGUCUGAUGCUGGACUUUCUCGAGGAGCAUAUGUCAAGAGGAAAAGAAUGGAUUUGGUCAACACAUGUUUGCAAAGUCAAAAUGCUACUGAAGCCCAAGCUGAAAGCUUACAAAAAGAUGAGAGUUUGAUACAAGACAUUAUUGAACCUCAAGGUUUAUCAAGAACUCAAGACAGAGAAACUAUUACCAACUCUAUCAUAACUGCAGAAAAAUCUGUGCAAGUAACAAUAAAAGAGAAUGUGCAAAUCUGUGCAAACAAGAUGCCAAACUACAAGUAUUUCUACCUCACCAAUGAAAGUUUCUACAACAUCUCGUUCCACUUCGCCCUUUAAAAUUAAACCAUGCAGUCUUCGACCAUCACAGUCUGAAAUUGUCAAAGCAGUCAAGAGAAAUGUUUUUCUUGAAGAUGAAAAGUCAGAUAGUGAUAUUUCCUGUAUGGAAAGUGGUCGUCAUUUAUCACCUUUUGUAACUAAAUCAGCAUCAUCAUCAUCAGGGCUUACCGACUCUGAUAGUAAUGUUACAGAUGCCAAUGAGAAUACUGAAAAAUUAGAGUGCCUCAAAAUUACUAUGCGUUCAAUCUCUAAAAAACCAAUGAUGUAUGUUGGUAUUCCAAAAGAAUGUUAUUUCUUAAUCAAAUUGUUACAUAAACACACAGGCAUAAAAGUAGAACACAUUUUGCUAUGCUUGAAAAAGAUUAGAAUGAACAGUACAUUUUCUGAACUGGAGGAUAAUUUUGGAAUAUCAUUAUCUUAUGCUAGUAAAUUGUUUCU